CCCAAGAUGACUUGGCGGUCCGCGAUGAUUUUUUUGACAAUGGGCAGAGCCGUUGUUGUGGUUGUUGUUGUUGUGUUGGUGCUGCUCGCGGCGGGUGGCGAGGCGGGCGCCGCCCAGCAGGACAGGGCGACGAUUACACAGGAUGAGCAGGGCUCCAUCUCGAUCGACGUGCCAGGCGGAAAGCCAGUGUUCUUGAACGGCGUCAACGCCGUGGCGGUGUUGCGUGCACAGCAGGAAGCCGUGGCCAUGCUCAAUGCAACCAUUGCUGCUCAAGAAUCCAUGGUCGCGGUCAACGAGGUGGCGCUGCAGCAGGUGAAGGCCACGGUGGAAGAGCAGGACGCACAAAUCACCGCCCUGCGCUCAUCGAUUUGUCGCCGGUUCACACCAACAAACCCAACGUACAUUCCUGUCGUCAACACGUUUGACGCAUGGUCCGGCGGCGUGCUGGCCAACAACAACAAGAUCUACGGCAUCCCUUACAACGAGCACGACGUCCUCGUCAUCGAGACGACCUCCAACACCGUGUCAAAGAUCUUACUCCAAGGAGCAUCCGGAGACCACAUGUGGCAGGGUGGCGUACUCGCCGGAAACGGCAAGAUCUACGCCUGCCCGAACGACGCAACCUCCGUCUUGACCAUCAACCCCGCGACCAACUCUGCAACCACAUCCGUCAUUACGGGGCUGGGCCUCGCGGGAGACAAGUGGUCUGGGGGCGCACUUGCUGACAACGGCAAGAUCUACUGUGUGCCCCACGACGCACUAGCUGUGCUGGUCAUUGAUCCGGCUUCUGACUCUGCAGACGCCACAACGCUCGAGCACAUGUCGCCCGUAGGUUCAACUAACCUGUGGGCAGGUGCUGUGCGUGGUAACGACGGCAACAUCUAUGGUGUCCCGUACAGUGCAGCAACCAUCUUGAAGAUCAACCCAAUCACCGAUGAGAUAACUCACAUUUAUCCUGGUUUGCGCACGGGCGGCAACAAGUGGCGCGGCGGCGUGAUUGGCCGAGAUGGGUUGCUGUACUGCAUCCCGUACCGUGACACGCGCAUGCUUGUGAGUGACCUCAACAUCAAUAACCACACCUUCUACCGCGUUGCUGAUGAAGCUGACUCCUCGUACAAGUGGGAGGGUGGUGCGCUUGGCAGCAAUGGGCGCAUUUACGGUGCCCCGUCCUCAGCGUCGGCAGUGCUGAUGUUUGACCCUGCGACAUCCACAGCAGACACGACGAGCCUUGCCAUUGGAGCGCCAGCAGAGCCGUCUCAGUCACGCAAGUGGGAUGGGCUGGUUGCUGCGCCCAAUGGGCUGCUGUAUGGGAUUCCACGCAACUCUGACCAUGUGCUGGUGAUUGACCCACGCUGCCACUUCUGAUCUCUGUGUGCGAGUUUGUGUGUGUGUGUGUGUGUGUGUGCGUGCGUGUGUGUGUGUGUGUGUGUGCGUAUGCAUUUCACGCUCAUAGCCGUUACCAUUGAACCACCGCGGUUGCUCAUGCUCCCUUCUUUCCUCUCUGUUUCAACCUCCUGCUGGACGUUGGCAGAGCACCCUUCGUUGCCCUUGGUUACAUUACCCCUCUCUGGCUGUUGUUUGCAAAAGUUCAUGGCUGCUUCAUCCUUGUCAGAGCUCGCGUGGUUCUCACGUUUUCUUUUUCAUCCAAUGCAGGUUCUCCCCUCUCCUGUUGUUUGGCGUUGUUCGUGUCGACGGAUACGAAUUUACGUGCUCGUAACAAAUGACAUCACGUCUUGUCCCCUUUGCGUCACACCCCUUGCUUGUCUUGUGUCACAUCAUGUGAGAUGACACCAAGCCCUCCUCCAUCCAUUAAACCCAAACCAUCCACA